AUGGUGUCGACACCAAUCAAAGACAUAGAACAGCUUACUCACAUACAGCCUCUCAACAAAAGGCGAGAAGCAAAGAUGAUGAUCCACGCUGAAAAGGUCACUACUGAGAAAUACCCAUCAGAAGCAUGGAUACAUGUGUACACAGAUGGAUCAGCAACCAGUGCAGUGUCCAAUGGAGGUGCUGGAAUCCACAUAGACUUUCCAUGCGGCGAUAACCUUGAAACAAGUGUAGCCACUGGAUUGCACUGCACCAACUAUCGAGCAGAGACUGAAGCGCUCAUCCAAGCUGCCUCCAUCAUUCAGCACUGCACAGAAGACUGCCAGCAAGUUGUAUUCCUCACUGACGCACUAUCUGUCUUGGAAGCCAUCGAAACUGACAAACUUCGAAACCUGUCCACUAAGCUCCAACAAAUCACCAAAACCAGACAGGUGGUCCUUCAAUGGAUACCAGCCCAUUGUGGUAUCCUAGGAAAUGAGAAAGCUGACACGUUGGAUAAAAAGGAGCAAGCAAAGAACAGCAGUGCAACAACAUCGAAUUCCAAGAGAAAAACCCCCAUCAUAAAAGCAAUCAUGAGAUCACCAAAAAACAAAGACAGCUACCAUCUCCUAACUAGACAGCAGCAGGUCACACUCUUUCGUCUCCGCACUGGACAUAACAGGCUGAACUCACACAUGCACAGGAAGUUCCGCCUUGCCUCCUCGCCUAUAUGCACAUGCGGUCAAGAAGACCAGACAACAGAACACAUCCUCCAUAGAAGUCCGCAGCAGCAGAAGAUCAGGGAGGAGAUCUGGCCUCACAAAGAAUCUCUUGCUACCAAGCUCUAUAACAACAAGAAGGACCUAGAGAGGACGAUGCUCUUCGUCGUAUGA